AUGGCGUCCAAUAGCUCCUCUAAUCCCCCGAAACCAAUCCGGGUGUGGCUCACUCCACCUGGGCCCAACCCAUGGAAGGUCAUCUUCCUCCUAGAAGAGCUCCACCUCAACUACGAAAUCAAGUCCUUCCGCUUCGACGACGUCAAGAAAAAGCCCUACACCGACAUCAACCCCAACGGCCGCGUGCCCGCUAUCGAGGACCCCAACACAGGCUUGACCCUCUGGGAAUCCGGGGCCAUCUACCAGUACCUCAUCGAGCUUUACGACACCGAGAAGCGUCUCACCUUCGACGACGUUACCAACCGCCACCUGGCCAACCAGUACCUCCACUUCCAGAUGAGCGGCCAGGGUCCCUAUUACGGCCAGGCGGGCUGGUUCCGCCACUUGCACACGGAACCGAUCCCGUCGGCGAUUGAGCGGUACGCUAACGAAGUCAGGCGUGUGCUGGGCGUGUUGGAGGGUAUUCUCGCUGCCGCGCAGCCGGAUGCUGACGAUGGCGAUGUCCGUUGGUUGGUCGGUGGGAAGAUGACGUUUGCGGACAUGGCGUUUGUGCCGUGGAAUUUCCGGUUGAGCGAGGUCUUGGUGCAGCCGUGGGAUGAGGUGUGGGAAGGCCUGCCGCAUGUCCGCGUGUGGCAUGAGAGGAUGGUGGCGCUGCCGUCGUGGGAACGGUCGAUGAGGAUUCGGGCGAGGUUAAUGGAUGAACAAGGGCUACAGUGGAAUGGGGUGCCGAAGGGGAUUGAGACGUUUACGGAGUAUGAGAAGAAGAUUGCGGAAGAGGGCGCGGGGAAGAAGGAAUGA